UCUCUUCGCCGCAGUUAUCUUGGCUUCGGACUGAGCGGCUUCGGACAUGCUAUGAGAAGCUCCGAUGCGGCAGGGUUUGCCGUAUUAAAAUCAUAUCCUUCUGUUAGUUUGAGGAGUAAACAACGGCGACAGCAGAGCUCGGAUCAAAAAUAGACACCCGCGUCUAAGUCGUGUUGACUCGAUACGAUAUCACACUUGAAGUCCCUAAGUUUUGUUGUUGGAAGUUUGUUGUUUUGAAAUGGAUAUCUCAGCCUACCAACACAUGAAUAUCAGAAUGAGUACGCGUGGAAAGCGACCGUUGCGUAAUCUCACACCAAAUGACAAGGUUAGAGCCAUUCAACGCAUUCAUAAUGGUGAAACAAAAGCAAGUGUAUCCAGAGAUCUGGGAGUUCCUGAAUCAACCUUGCGUGGUUGGUGUAAGAACGAACAAAAAUUAAGAUUUAUGUGCCGCCAAUUGGGUCCAGAUCAUUUGGGAAUUGACACACCUCCCGAGAAACGUGCCAAAUUCGAUUUACAGUUGCUACCCCCAAAACUCGCCACGCUCCCCAAUUACGACGAUCUUGGUUUAAGUAACUUUUUGUUUUCGGCAACUGAAUUUCCAACCCAAAAGGAAUCAUUAUUAGAAAAAUUAAGUUUGGUGGAAUUUGUGAAAAAAAAUGGACUCCAUCCAAGCGCCAUUCGAGAAUUGGGAGACACACACUCGCUGAAUGCAGCGAAUGCCGUAUCAGGUGUGGAUUAUUCAACAAACAACAUGAUAAAUCAGCUAACCCUUUUAGCGCAGCUAAAUUCAAAACUAUCGUACCAGAUGGGCGAAUCAGUAGAUACAGAUAUUAAAAGCUCCCAAAGCACAGACAUUACCGAUACAGCAAGAGAAGAAAAUUCAACAAAAAUUGGCUGCCCCCUACUCACCGUUAAAAAUUGGGCAAAAGAUCCAGCAAAACGUGCGCAUUUCAAUCAUGCAACACAAUUACAUAAUGAUAAGAACAACAACGCGGUUGACCCAUCCUAUUCAAACUUGACCACGAUGAAAUACCCUCUAAUAAUGGAGCCAGUGAAGUCAAUUUAUCCUGAAACGACGGUUUCCGCGAUACCACCACCAUUUUCCACUUAUACGGAUUUAGCUUCUGCGGCAUCAACUCCUACGACGGAUAAUGAUUGUCAGGGGGCUGCUUUGCUGGAUUGGUGCAAACUAUUUAAUGCCAGCCUUAAUUUUUUGGCAUUCGCUGCGGCCGCCGCUUCAAUGCAGCCUGCAGGAGGAACUAUCCCGAAGUCUACAACGACACAGCUUCCAACCACUGAAGCUGACGAAACAUAUCCUUUUAAUAAUAAUCUUGUAAAACGGCUUAGCCCAUUGGCACAUAGUGACGCCUCGAAUGAAAGUUACUUUGACAGUGAGCCAGAAGAUCUUUCUGUGCGCUCGUGUGCCUCAGUCUCCAGCCGUAACAACAGUAGAUCUCAAACUCCCGAUAAAAGCACCGCGACAAGCAUAGCCUGCUUAAGCGACGGAGAGCAGUAAUAAAUUUGCAAUCUCUAAUACAAAUAUUUGUUUGUACAUAGUAUAAUAUUUUUUUUAGUUAAUUAUCAAUAGCUAUAUGUUAUAUUAACACAAAUAUGUAUUUCUUCCUAGCCAUACAUAAAAAUAUGUAUUUUUUUUACGAGUUUAUUUAGGCCCUAUCAUUAUUUAUGCUUAUUGAGAAAUAAAACUAUUAAUAUAAGAGAAACUGGUUUUAAUAAAGCUUCAUACCCGAUAGUAUUAUGUAGAAAUAUCGACUGUGUGAAAACUUUUAGUACGAGUAACAAAUUAAAUUAAUCUAUAUUACAUAAUAAAUAAAAUGUAAUUAAUUGUGUUAAAUAGCCUAAUAAUUUUGAGUAUUCGGUAAACAAUUAAAUUAAGCAAUAU